CAAAUGAUACUGGAAUGACUUAAUUUAAUUUUUAUACUAAUUUUAUUUUAUAUAUUUACAUAUAUUUAACAUAGCACCAUGGCUAAAGAAGUUUCCAUGUGUACGCAACUCCAACAAUGGAGCCCAGUAAAGCCAACUGGGAGUACUCCCAGUGUCCCGCCACAAGUAGGCUACUGCUUCCAUACUCCAAAAAAACACCCUUGGAGGCCUAUCAUGGGUUACGAAGAAAUAGAAGUAACACCUAUGCCCUCGCAACCGAUAACAAAUACUAUGGUGGAUCCGUGUUACACGUCGGAAGGUAUGGCGGCGGAGCCACUGCGAUUUCCUAACCUGGUGACCGGGUUCGACCGAAGCCCCGAGCACGCCGCGCGCGCAGCGCUCUACACGCGCUACACUCAGCACGAGUGGAACCAGAACAGUAUCAGGAACUACAACGAGUCAGAUGCCAAGAGAAAUUUUUCGGAGAGAGUCCGAAACGACAUUAUGAGGAUGUUACGGGAGACGGAUGAAAUUGGCGCGCAAGGUCAGCGGGAUUCGGGCAGGAAAAUCGGCGAACGUAUCACGGACACCACGUUCUGGCGGAAUGAGGUGGCGAUAGAGAUGGAGCGGCUGGUGGCGACGUGCGAGCGGCUGACGGACACGCGCCGGCAGCUGGAGCGCGCGGUGGCCGGCAUCGAGGGCCCGCUGCACAUCGUGCAGGAGUGCCUCUACCAUCGCGAGAAGAGACAGGGUUUGGAGCAAGUGCACGACACAGUGGAACAGUCACUACUCAAGGAGGUUGCGAUCCUUCGCGAGUGCCAGGAUAAGUUCCGAAAUAUGUUGGAAAAGGUUCGGCAGCAGGCCAAGAACUGCCGCGCGACGCAGCACGAGCUGGAGAGCGACAUGCGCAACAAGGAGUACGCGCUCGGCAUCGACAACAUGUGCCACCAGCUCAACAACUUCUCCAAGGGCUUACAAUUCUACGCGGGCAUCGAGCGCUACGACCCGACAGUGUGCGACGCGCAGCGCUGGGCCGCCGCCAGCGCCGCCACGCUGCAGCGCUCGCAGUCAGAGCGCGCCAAGGCCGUGCAGAUGCUCUCCGACACGGACAACUUGAUAAAUGUGUCGGCGACGGAGAUCUGGGACCAGUGGAGCAACACCAACAGCGCCUUCACGCGCCGCAUCGCGGAGACCAUCGAGAUCAAGAACAAGCUGCAGCUGCAUCUGCACAAGGUGCAGAACGAGAUAUUCGACAUCGAGAAGACGCUGGAGCUGCUGAACAAGGCUAUCGAGGACAAGCUGCAGCCCAUGAAGGUGGCGCACAGCCGGCUGCAGGCGCGCAUCAACCGCCCGCACCUCGAGAAGUGCCGCGACUAUGCACAGACCAGGCUGGUGAAGGAGGUGUGCGACCUGCAGGAGACCAUGGAGCAGCUGCGGUCGAAGAUCGCGACGGCGGAGGGGACGCACCAGACGCUGCUGGGCGUGCGCGCCUCGCUGGAGGCCGACCUGCGCAACAAGGCCGCCACACUCUUCAUAGACCGCGACCAGUGCAUGGGCCUGCGCCGCGGAUACCCCGUCACCGCCGCCAUCAAAGCUUAGCACUCACUCAACUACAUUCACGAAUAAAGCUGUUUUGUUUUC